AUGGUGCUCAUCCUGAAUCAAUGGGCGACGCAGCAGGACAUGGACCACCUGACGCGCCUGAUCGAGGAGAAGGCCCUCGAAUGGGCGCUCCAUCCGGGCGAAGUCCGGAACCAGAUCCACGUGCUGGGGGAUCUCACCCAGGAGACCGAAGCCUUCUGGCGAACCCAGCCCGGCGUCCAGCAGGUCUACGGGCUCGCCAAACCCUACAAGCUCGCGAACAAGACCCACCGCAAGUCGAACACCCAAAUUCCGAUCGGAAGCCAACAGCUCGGCAGCGAGGACCUGGUGAUCUUCGGAGGGCCGUGCGCGCUCGAGAGCGAGGAGCAGGGCUUGGCCUCUGCCCUCAUGCUGCGGGACCUGGGCCUCGAGAUCAUGCGGGCUUCGGCCUUCAAGCCGCGCUCUUCGCCCUAUUCCUUCCAGGGACUCGGAGUGGACGGCCUCCACAUCCUGAAGCGCAUUCGGGAGCGGACCGGCGUGCUGGUCGAGACCGAGGUCAUGGACGUGCGCGACGUAGAGACCGCCGCGGAACUCGUGGACGUGAUCAGAAUCGGCGCCCGCAACAUGCAGAACUUCGACCUCCUCAAGGAGGCGGGCCUGGUCCAGACCCCGGUCAUCCUCAAACGGGGCAUGGCGAACACCAUCCGGGAAUUCCUGCUCGCGACCGAAUACAUCCUGCAGGGGAACCCCAACGUGAUCCUCUGUGAACGAGGGAUACGGUCCUUCGAGACGGCCUACCGCAAUACGCUGGACGUGGGGGCGAUCGCCGUACUGAAGCAGGAAACGCACCUGCCGGUAAUCGCGGACCCCAGUCACAGCGCGGGAAACAAGACGCUGGUGCCGGCCCUCUCGCUGGCCGCGGUCGCGGCCGGGGCCGACGGACUCCUCAUCGAAGUGCAUCCCGACCCCUCGGUGGCGCUCAGCGACGGGGAUCAGUCGCUCUAUCCGCACCAGUUCAUGAAUCUGAUGGGCGACCUGCGCAAGGACGCGUCCUACGACAUCGUCGUCGGAGCCGCGGCGCUCGACGGGCUUCCCGCGUUCCUCGGCGAGCGCUAUCCACAACGCCGGAUCGCCGCCAUCGGCGAUGCCGAGGCGCUGCGGCGCCACGGAGAUCGGCUCUCAGCCGUGCUGCCGGAGCGAACCCUCGUCCUCGAGGUUCCUUCGGGCGAGGACUCGAAAUCGCGCGCGGAAAAGGCGCGCCUCGAGGACGAACUCCUUUCCCGCCGCCUGGGCCGCGACACGGUGAUCGUCGGGUUCGGCGGCGGCGUGGUCACCGACCUCGCGGGGUUCGUGGCCGCGACCUAUCUCCGCGGGGUGCCGUUCAUCGCGGUCCCGACCACGCUGCUCGCGGCGGUGGACGCCUCGGUGGGAGGCAAGACCGGGAUCAACACCGCGCACGGGAAGAACCUGGUUGGAGUCUUUCGCCAACCGGCUGCCGUCUUCGCCGAUACCGGGUUCCUCCGGACCCUGCCCGAGCCGGAGUUCCUGAAUGGAGUCGCCGAAGCUCUCAAGAUGGCGGCCACCAGCGACCACCGCGAGACCGCCACGCUGACCCGGUUCAUCGCGGCCGCGGUCCGGAUCAAGGCCGCCGUGGUGGCCGCCGACGAGCGGGAAAGCGGGUUGCGCGAGGUCCUCAACUUCGGCCACACCAUCGGCCACGGCCUCGAGCACGCCACCGACUACCGGCUGGCGCACGGGGCCGCGGUCGCCAUCGGCAUGAUCGCGGAGAGCCGGAUGGCGCGCGCGGCGGGGUUUUUGGAGCGCGAAGCCGAGGAUCGGCUUCACACCCUGAUCGAUGCCGUCGGCCUGCCGAUCCGGCCGCCGGACGAGGUGGAACGCGGCCGCGUGCUGGCGGCGCUCGGCGGCGACAAGAAGGCGCGCGGCGGCGAACCGCGUUUCGUGAUGCUGGAAGCCAUUGGCCGCGUGCGGAACCGGGACGGCCGGGGCCGGGCGGCGUAUUCCUUCCCCCUGCCCGCCGGCGUCGUGGACUCGGGACUCGCGGCGAUCGGGCUUUGA